UCAGCCUUUUCUCAGUACUGGAUUGGAUUCUGAUGAUAACAAACAGGCUGAAAUAGUUUCAGUUAGUUCUUCCCCAAAUUCUGGACGGACCAGGCCACAAAAACUACUUGCUCGGCCGCAGUUAUUUAUUUACCAAGUAUUCGCAUUCCCUUUCAAUUUUACAACUUGACACUUCUUUCGAAUUUAUCAAAAAAAACAACGUGAAAUGUUGUCCACAUUGUCGUUCGCAUCUCGGCGAAGUUUUGCCACCGUGGCGUCGGCCGUACAUCAACGCACGCUUAAAGAUAUUCCUGGCCCGAGCUCAUUCCCGAUCGUGGGAGCUGUCCCGCAUUAUUUGCCCGUUUUUGGGCGGUACAAACCCCACUUGUUGACACAAUAUUCCAUCAUCAAGUUUCGCGAGUUUGGCCCAAUCUUCAAGGAAACCAUGUGGGGCACGACGCUCGUCUAUCUGAUCGACCCUGACGAUAUUCAGACCGUUCUGGGACGAAAUCCGGGCAGCGGGGGGAACGCCGUGUGGCCGAAACGAGUCACCCACAAGGUUUUGGAACACGUUCGGACGCACGAGUUGAAGAGUACGCAUUUCAAUGGGGGAAUUUUUAUGACGAAUGGAUCCGACUGGGUUGAAAUUCGCCAUCGUCACCAGAAAGCCAUGGCUAUCGAAGAAAUUGGAAUAUUCAUCGAGAAAUGUGAUCAAUCUGCGUGCGAUCUAGUUUCCUCUGUCAAUUCUCCAUCGAUGAAGGUUCACGUGGAGUCAGAUUUUCUCAACGUUUUGUUCGCAUUUGCCACGGAUUACAACGGGAUGUCACUCUUCGGAGAAAAGUGGAACGCCAUAGAUGAAUAUUUGGACUCGAACUCAAUGACUCAGAAAUUAAUUUGGACAUCGACCGAACUCAAUCACGCCACCGGUCCGACGGAUCACGGGUCUCAGACGUGGCGUUUAUUUUCCACUCCGUUAUACAAGACUAUUCUCAAGGGGGCGCAGAUACUGGAUGACGUCGUCACGGAACGUCUCGAUCGCCGCUUGGUGAACGGAGAGCUGGUCGCUGAGGAGGGGAAUAACUCCAUGUUGGACACCUGGAUUCGCGAUGGCCAUAAGGAUUACCGCAAAAUGGUAACUUUCCUAUCCGACAUGGUACUCGCGUCGAUUGAUACGGUCGCUUAUUCCUUAAGCUACAUCCUCUACCAUAUCAGUACGAAUCCCCGCGUACAAGAAAAACUCUUCGAGGAGCUGUACGGUUUGAACAAGGACGGUUUAGGCGCACCCAUCACGUCCGACAUGUUGAGGGGGGCCCGCUACAUGAAAAAGUGCAUCAAGGAGGCGCUGCGCAUCAAUCCGUUGGCCGUCGGGGUGGGACGCGUCCUCACAGAGGACACCAUUCUCAGUGGAUAUCACGUUCCGGAAGGCACGAAUAUCGUCAUUCUGAACGCGGUGACGAGCCGCCUGCCAGAAUACGUCGAGCAGCCGGAAGCCUUCAUCCCCGAGCGGUACGAUCAUGAUGGCAAAUUUAAGAAAAUCCAUCCCUUCGUCAGUCUUCCGUUCAGUUUUGGACCGAGAUCCUGCGUUGGCCGACGACUUGCGGAACAGGCCAUGAACAUUUUCGUAUUCCGGCUUUUUCGCAACUACCGUCUCGAAUGGCUCGGAGCUGAUAAGUUGGACGCUAUCACAACCCUGAUCAACAAGCCAGAUGCUCCUCUUCUCUUCAAAUUCACGCCGAGAGAAUCGCUUCAUUAAACUUAUUUGAUAACUUACUUAUUUAAUAAUUUUUUAGAGUCAGGAAGGAAAUCUGGGGACGAAUUAGAACAGAUUUUUGGCAAAAUUAUAAAUUUCCUUAAAUAAAAAGUUUGUCUAAAAUCUGCUAAAUUA